GAGCCCAAAAGCCUUCCUGUGGUCUCGGGAAUGCUUCGGCUGACACGUUUGGCCGCUUCCGAUUGAACGGAGUGACGUUGUCGUUUUGUGCUGGAUUCGCAUUUUGUCCGAAUGCGGCGGUGUACGAUGCAAGUGCUCUGGAGGGUCGUCUUGUUCGCGGCAGCUGUCUGCGUGGUGUCAAUUUCUGCGGACUAUGCCUACGAGACCCGUUUCUUCGAGACGAAGGUGGACCACUUCGGCUACGUCAUCAAUGACACUUACAAGAUGCGUUACCUGUUCGCCGAUCAGUACUGGGACCACCAGGGUGGACCCAUAUUCUUCUACACGGGAAACGAAGGCAGCAUCACAACGUUCGCAAACAAUAGCGGGCUGAUGUGGGACUGGGCUCCCGAGUUCAGGGCACUGCUGAUUUUUGCGGAGCACCGGUACUAUGGUAAAUCAAUGCCGUAUGGAAAUGACUCGUUUAAGAGUCCCGCCCACCUGGGCUACCUCACAGUGGAGCAGGCGUUGGCCGACUACGCUGACUUGCUGCAGUACAUACGCGAGACGUUGCCCGGAGCCCGAAACAGCCAAGUGAUUUCGUUCGGAGGUUCCUACGGUGGCAUGCUGGCAGCCUGGUUCCGUAUGAAGUACCCGCACGUGACUGCCGCGGCAUUGGCAGCCAGCGCGCCCAUUCUACAGUUCCAAGACAUUACCCCCUGCGGGGCCCAGAGCGCUGUCAUCACGGGAUCCUUCAGGAAGGAUUCCGAGCUGUGCGUGGAGGCCAUCAGGAAGUCGUGGGGCAUCAUCAAGAACAUGUCCUCUACCGUGGAAGGCGCUCAAGCAAUCGGCGAGCGCUUCCACCUUUGCGGCAACUACACGCCAAAGAACUUCACGAAUCUGCGGGACUGGCUGACUGAUCUAUACGCGAACCUUGCCAUGGUCAACUACCCUUACGACAACAGCUUUCUAGCUCCCGUACCUGGUCAUCCAGUAAGGGAGGCCUGCAAGUUCUUGAACCGAACUUUCGAUAACGACGACGCGCUGCUAGAAGGCAUAUACCAGGCAAUAAGCAUAUUUCAAAAUUACACGGGACAAACGCAGUGCAACGACCUUUCGAAAAGUUCGGGAACACUGGACGCGGAUGGCUGGAACUAUCAGUCCUGCAACGAGAUGGUGAUGCCAUUGUGCAGUGACGGCGUCAACGACAUGUUUUACAAGCAGGACUGGGAUCUGAAUGAGGUCCGCAAAAAGUGCGAGAAGGACUUCCACGUCACUCCCGACGUUCACAAGGCAGCGCUCAUAUAUGGCGGCAGGAACAUUGCGGCGGCAUCCAACAUCAUCUUCAGCAACGGAGACUUGGAUCCAUGGUCGGCAGGCGGGGUCCUCGAAACAAUCUCGGACAGCCUGAUCGCGAUAUACAUGGAAGGAGCGGCCCACCAUCUGGACUUGCGCUCGCCGAACCCGGCUGACCCAGAGUCCGUCGUCAAAGCGAGGGCGCUUGAGAAGAAGUACAUCACCAAAUGGCUCAGGGAGGCCACGUCCAUCUGAUACACCCGCCGUCCGAAAUGCAUGUGUUCAUCUCGUGCUCU